ACUAACUUGGCGCUGUGACAUUACAGUGAACACACGGGCUAACCAGUCUGACAGCAAUCAGUCUUCCAGUAAGCAAAGGAAAUCUCUGCAUUGUCCACCCGGAUCUAUAUUACUUGUGUUAUGAGAAGAGGACGCGGGCUCUCUUUGGACAGCGAUUGACCAGCAUGGCUGCGGCGCCUCCAUUCAGACGGACUGACUCGGCCCAGGGCGAGUUUUCCCCUCUCAAGCACUUUGUUGUGGCCAAGAAGACGAUCAGCGAUGUGUUCGAGCAGCUACUCCACUACGUGAAGGAGACUUCAGAGUUUGUGGAAGACAUCAGCGGGAAUAAAGCUUUGGAGAACAUCGCAACUCAGGAUCAGAAGGAGCAGAUUAAGGCAUAUAGAGACAAACUGGCUGUCAUCAAGGAGGUGCUGGCACGCAGGCACAUGAAAGUGGCCUUUUUUGGCAGGACCAGUAAUGGUAAAAGCACAGUGGUUAAUGCCAUGCUGAGGGAUCGAGUGCUGCCAAGUGGUAUUGGCCACACCACCAACUGCUUCUUGAGUGUGGAGGGCACCGAUGAUGAUAAGGCCUACCUCAAGACAGACGGCUCAGAUGAAAAGAAGAGUGUCAAGACCGUGAACCAGCUGGCUCACGCGCUUCUCAUGGAUGAAAGCCUGGAUGCAGGCUGCCUGGUACGUGUCUUCUGGCCAAAGACCAAAUGUGCUCUGCUGCGAGACGACCUGGUGCUUGUAGACAGCCCCGGAACAGACGUCACGUUAGAGCUGGACAGCUGGAUAGACAAGUUUUGCCUGGAUGCUGAUGUUUUUGUGCUGGUGGCAAACUCGGAGUCUACACUCAUGAACACGGAAAAGCACUUUUUCCACAAAGUGAAUGAGCGUCUUUCAAAGCCGAACAUCUUCAUCCUCAACAAUCGCUGGGACGCCUCAGCAAAUGAACCAGAGUACAUGGAGGACGUGAGGAAGCAGCACACAGACCGUUGUGUGAACUUCUUGGUGGACGAGCUCAAAGUUUUGGACCGUGAUAAGGCACCCAACCACAUUUUCUUUGUCUCUGCAAAGGAGGUGCUCAAUUCCCGUAUGCAGCGUGCACAAGGCAUGCCUGAAACAGGUGGCGCUCUUGCUGAGGGCUUCCAGGAGAGACUGAAGGAGUUUCAGUGCUUUGAAAGGAGGUUUGAGGAGUGUAUCUCGCAGUCAGCAGUGAAAACAAAGUUUGAGCAGCACACUAUCAGGGCCAAGCAGAUCACAGAACAAGUCAAGAGCAUAAUGGAUGCCAUCCACAUCGAGGCCGCGGAGAAGAGAGUGGCGGCACUGGAGGACAGAGAGUAUCAGAUGGAUCGGCUGGAGUUUGUCAAGAAUCAACUCAACCUGCUAAUCGAUGAAAUUAAAAAGAAGAUCAAGGCGAUCAGUGAGGACGUGGAGUCCAAGGUUUCCACCGCCAUGGGGGAGGAGAUCUGUCGCCUUCAUUUAAUUGUUGAUGAGUUCCACUGUGACUUCCACCCCUCACCUCAGGUCCUCAAAAUGUACAAGUCUGAGCUGCUGGCUCACGUGGAGGAGGGGAUGGGCAAGAAUUUGGCUUUCCGCUGCUCCAAUGCUGUCAACGCCUCUGUUCAGUCCACCCAGGAAUACAUGAUAGAGAGCAUGCUCCCUCUGCUUCCCUCUUCAACCCAGAGCCAGGUGUCCAUGCUGAUGAACAGCAGGAAGUUUGACAUGAGUUACGACCUAAACUGCGCCACACUUUGCAGCGACUUCCAGGAAGACGUUGAGUUUAAGUUUUCGCUGGGCUGGAAAGCGUUAGUCCACCGCUUUCUGGGAUCUGCCAAUGCAGAGAGAGCUCUUAGACUGGUGGACCAGAACUUUCAGACACCUCGCCCAGCACUGCCUCAGGCCCAAACACCCUCCUCCUCAGCGCCCCCCACGACCGUGGCAGUGCCCAACCAGCAGACAGCCCUCGUGACCCAGGAGGACCUGAUGGUAGCCAUCGCUUCCCUCAAUUCCCGCACUUCAAUGGGCGUACUGGUUGUUGGAGGAGUGGUGUGGAGAACCGUUGGCUGGAGGCUGAUCGCCCUGUCAGCUUCUCUCUAUGGCCUGCUGUACGUAUACGAGAGACUCACUUGGACCACGAAGGCAAAGGAGCGUGCUCUGAAGCGGCAGUUUGUGGACUACGCAUCCGAUAAAAUGCAGCUCAUGGUCAGCCUUACGAGUGCAAACUGUAGCAAACAAGUCCAACAGGAGAUGGCAACCACCUUUGCUAGGCUCUGUCAGCAGGUGGACCAGACGCAGAAAGAGCUGGAGGCAGAAAUCCGUCAACUGACAGCGAAGAUCGAUCAGCUGGAGAGCAUCCAGAGCCGCUCCAAGAGCCUGCGACAUAAAGCCACUGACCUGGAGAAGCAGCUGGAGGAGUUCACCAAGCAGUAUUUGCAGCCUGAGCAGUGAAGUUCCUGUUCUUCAUCGCUCCACAGUUCAGUCUCACGGAGCCAGUCAUUCCUCAGUUCGGUGCCACGUCACUGCAAGAUCGCGCAAACUACAGCCGAGGUUUAUGCGCCGAUGUUUUGAUAAUCAGCUUCUCAAUUAUUCAUUUAUAAUUUUGUUGGUACCCCGGGAACAGUUUGCAAUCUGAAUAGCCACUUGUAAUUUUUUCCUUCUUUUUGUCAUUUUGUAGAUUUGACUGUUAAUCUAAAAAAAAAAAAGAAAGACGAUUCUUCAUGAUUAGCAGAGAGACGGGCAAAGGCCCAGACAGGUGUGCUGUAUGUCAGGCUCUUCUAAAAGCAGUGAACACACCUGAAUCCUGUGGUGCAGAUAUGCUCCACGGGUCACUGUUAUCCUGGUCGGUGUGCACACCACCGGUCGGGUGCUGUAUUUGGACACUAACGUGCUUCUGACUGUGAAUAUUUCAGUAACCUCUACGACUGUACGUGCAUCUGUUUGGUCACAUCUGCAUUGUGUGAAAAACAAAUUAAUUUAAUAAUGAAAGAAAACAUUUUCACAGGAAGCUCAGUAAAUUCACUCAAUCGUUUGAGUACGAAUGAAAAGCUGAAGCCUUGUCUGCUAUUUUCUAAUACUCCAAACUGUAUAGAAAAGCUUUCAAAAUAUUCAUAUAUAUAUAUAUUUUAUAAUACCCUAUUUUAUUUAUACCCAUUAACUGAUGAUGACUACACCAGUGUGCACUUUGUAAACUUUUUUUCCUCAAAUGUGUCCUGAAGUAUGUGCAGAUUUUCCAAAUUGCAUUAAAACUGCAAUGAUCUAAAA